CCUGAACAGUUAAAUGAAAACUAAUUUUUAUAACUGUUUUCAGAAUCACCCUACAAACUAUUCUGGUUGUUCGUCUGCGUCUGAAUUAAAACAAGAUUCUGAGAAAGUUCUUUCUGAGAAUGUAUACGUUCCAGUGACCAUGUGUGAAUAGCUCUUUUCCUGGGCGGGUUUUGUAAAACCACCGAAAUUCUAUAUCUAAAUUACAAUGAAUCAGCUUAAAUCUAGAGACUGUUGGCUACAAUUCUCAGAGCGCUCUCCAAACAAUUAAAUACAGUUAGCACAGGAACUUCGCAAGAAGCAUUUGGAACAGAGAGAAACUGCCAAGCGUGUACCCACAGCUGAAGCUGGCAACCCCGCUGAGAGCCACAAGAGACGCCCAUGCCAGGUUGGCAAGUGCAAUAAAAAUAUUUGGAACAGCUGUGCCCUGUGCAGAAAAGCGGGGUGGAGAAGCGCAUUAUCUGUGUUGAUAUUGACCAGCCUUAGACUCAAGACCACCUGAUCGUCAUCUGCUGUGAUCACAACAAUGUUAUGGUUUCAAAAACUACUGCUGCAGUGUGCUUUUCUAGAAGGACUAGACGGCAUGGUAAACAUUCUGACUGUGAUAUGUUUUUCCUUUGUAUACAAUACUCGAAACUGGGCAAAAAUACCAACACAUGUAUCAGCACUGAAAGGGUCCUGUGUCGUUAUACCGUGUUUAUUUAACUUUUCUCGUUUUGACGAAUAUGCUAAAGACGUGCUUGGCAUGUGGCAAUAUGAGAAUUUUGGAAAAUACAUAAAUCACCCUAACCCUUUGGAAGUAGUGAGCAAUUUUAAGCGACGUACAGACCUGAUUGGAGAUUUGCAAAAGCAUAAUUGCACUCUGAAGAUUGAUGCAGUGAAAGUCGACGACACUGGUCCAUUUUGUUUUAGAUUCGAAGUACCAGGGAUUGAUCGGGCAUCAUAUAUAAAUCAUACAGUAUUGAUCCACGUUAAAGAUUCUCCAGAUGUACCCUCAAUAAAUCGCUUGUCAGAUGUCAAAGCUGGGGUUGAUUUAGCUGUGACUUGCUCGGUUCCUCACACUUGCCCAUCAAACCCGCCUGCUAUUACCUGGAGCCGCACCAAUGCCACUUCGACAGUUCACCACAAAGCAACGGGGGAUGCAAUGUGGGAAGUGUCUUCAGUCCUCAAAUUCAUACCAUUAGCGAGUGACCACAUGAAUCGCCUGACAUGCACUGCCCAAUACUGGGGAGGACAGCAAGCAAAUAUCUCUGUCUUGUUAAAUGUCAAAUACAAGCCAGCGAUUCUGUCGGAAUCAGCCUGCACCGUUGACAUCACAGGACAGGUGACUUGUCAGUGCAUCGUGGAUUCCAACCCCCCACCUUUGAUUGAGUGGCGUGUUUCUGACAGCAUCCUGAAUGAGUCUAACACCGGUCUGAAAUCGUUUUCCGUUAAUAACAGCAGAGGAGAGCAGAACACAGUCACAAUAGGAGUUCUGCAGGGAGGGGUGGCCUUCACAGCAAACAUCUUCUGCUCUGCCACCAACACCCAGGGGAAAGCCUCACUGUCAUUCACACGUCCAAUAAGUGAUCUCUUCAUAUACAUAACAAUCUCUGUUGUGGCUGCUGUGUUGAUUAUAGCUAUUGUGGCUGCAGUGAGACGACUGAGAAUAAAGAGAAGCGAGAGGAAAAAACAAGCCCCGAAAAUCAGAAAUAAUUAUGGAAAUACUCAGGGUGAUAUCGCUAAUGAUAUUUAUCAAAAUGCUCAGCUGGAAACAAAGUCUGGAACCCCAGAUGGUUUCACUAAUGAUGUUUAUGCAAAUGUUCAGGCAUUUAAAGUAGUUGAAGACAUUUACGAGAAUGUAGACGCCAACAUUGGACCAUACAAGGACUACAGAACGAAUCGCCACAAAUAGAAUCCUCGUCGCUGGAACAACAGUGUGAAAACAAACAGAAUAUCGACU